GAGAGAUCGCGAGAGAGAGGGAGCACAAGACGGGAGGGAGUGGGUGUCUGGAACUUCACACUGACUUAGACUGUGUUGCACGAUCUGUACUCUAAACUCUGCUCGAUACAACUGGAGGCUCUGAAAACAUACUGUAGCCACCUGGACUCUGCUAGAUACACCUCAACCAGUGUCUGAUUCUUUGAUUUUUCUUUGGAUGCUCUGAGAACCCUCCAGGCACUGUUCUGUAGUCAUGCUGUGUGGUCUAAGGAGGGAUGUGAAAAACAGCUUUGAUGAUGGUCCUUACUCUAAAGGGAACAAGGACUCACAAGGGACAGACAAUUCCCUGACCUCCAGGAGACAGAGUAUCCCAGAAGAUCUGCGGGGUGUGACGAUAGUAGAGCUGAUUAAGAAGGAAGGCAGCACCUUGGGCCUCACCAUCUCCGGAGGAACAGACAAGGACGGAAAGCCCCGCGUCUCCAACCUACGACCAGGAGGACUGGCUGCCAGGAGUGAUCAGCUGAACGUUGGCGACUACAUCAAGUCAGUCAAUGGUAUCAACCUGACCAAGCUGAGACAUGAAGAGAUCAUCAGUCUGUUGAAGAACGUGGGAGAACGAGUGGUGCUGGAAGUAGAGUACGAACUGCCCCCUUCAGCACCAGACAGCACAUCAGGUGUGAUUUCCAAGACAAUGGAGAUAUGUUUGCACAAAGAAGGGACCAGCUUCGGCUUCGUCAUGAGAGGGGGCUCACACGAAGACUGGAACAAAUCACGCCCCCUGGUGGUGACAUACGUCCGGCCGGGAGGCCCUGCAGACAGAGAGGGCACUCUGAAGCCAGGCGACCGUCUGAUGAGUUUGACGGGGUACCUCUCCACAGUGCCCAACCAUGGAGAUGCCCUCACUGUGCUCAACCAGUGUGGUCAGGAGGCCCUUUUCCAGAUUGAGUAUGACGUCUCUAUCAUGGAUAGUGUGAUGAAUGCAUCUGGUCCCCUAUUGGUGGAGAUCGCCAAAUCACCGGGGGCAGCUCUCGGUAUCACCUUGACAACCGCCACCCACAGGAACAAACAGGUCAUCGUCAUCGACAGGAUCAAAGCAGCUAGUGUGGUGGACAGGAGUGGAGCCCUCCAUAUAGGAGACCACAUCCUGUCCAUCGAUGGGACCAGCACGGAGCACUGUUCAGUCCUGGAGGCCACACAGCUAUUAGCCAGCACCUCAGACCAGGCCAAGCUAGAGAUCCUCCCCGCCCACCACAGCAGACUGCCCAGCAAACCCCAGGACACUGUGAAGGUUCAGAAGAGUGACAACCCCCACUCGUGGGACCCCUGUGUGAACUACUGCCCCCCCCAGCACCCCUCCUCUCACUGUAAGACAAACACCUGGACCACCUCCUCCAACCCCUCCAGCACACAGGAAUAUUGCAAAUCCCUAGUAUCGACCAACUUCUCCCCCGGUUCCACCACCACCACCACAUCAGGCCCUGGGUCGACCAGCCAGAUCUCCAGUACCCUGCCCCGUACAGCUGUCCCCAUGAGUCCACGCAACUCCAUGAUGAAGAGACGGCAGAGGAAAAAAGAGCAUAAGAGCUCAUCUGUGUCACUGGCAUCCAGUACAGUGGGUCCUGGUGGUCAGAUCGUCCACACAGAGAGCAGUGAGAUCACCCUGAGAGGAGACCCUCUAAACGGCUUUGGGGUCCAGCUACAGGGAGGCAUCUUUGCUACAGAGACCCUCUCUGCUCCACCGCUCAUACGUUUCAUAGAGCCGGACAGCUCGGCCGAGAGGUGCGGCCUGCUGCAGGUUGGAGACAGACUCCUGUCCAUCAACGGAAUCCCCACGGAGGAUGGAACACUGGAAGAGGCCAAUCAGCUUCUCCGAGACGCCGCUCUGGCCAAUAAGGUCUCUCUUGAAAUAGAGUUUGACGUCGCAGAGUCUGUUGUGCCCAGUAGUGGAACAUUCCAUGUGAAACUGCCUAAGAAGAGAGGGGUGGAGCUGGGCAUCACUAUCAGUGCCAGUAAGAAGUCUGGAGAGCCUCUAAUCAUCUCAGACAUAAAGAAAGGCAGUAUGGCUCACAGGACUGGUACCCUGGAGCCAGGUGACAAGCUGCUGGCCAUAGACAACAUCAGACUGGAGAACUGUUCCAUGGAAGACGCCUGUCAGAUCCUACAACAGGCAGAGGACCUGGUCAAACUCAAGAUCCGCAAGGACGAGGACAACUCAGAUGAACAGGAGACGUCUGGUUCUAUCAUCUAUACGGUGGAGCUGAAGAGAUAUGGAGGCCCCCUGGGCAUAACCAUCUCAGGCACAGAGGAGCCAUUUGACCCGAUCGUUAUCUCUGGCCUCACCAAGAGGGGCCUGGCUGAGAGGACCGGAGCCAUCCAUGUGGGAGAUCGUAUCCUGGCUAUCAACAGUGUCAGUCUGAAGGGAAAGCCGCUCAGCGAGGCCAUUCACCUGCUACAGAUGGCCGGGGAGACGGUCACACUCAAGAUCAAAAAACAGGUUGACAUAGCAGACGAGAAGAAGAAGGAUGGAGAGACGGAGAAUGAUUUGAGUGACACCGAGGACAUAUCAGACAUGACAGACUCUCAGAAGACCAACAAGCUGUCAGAGAUCUACUCCACCACCAUACCCAGUGUGGACUCUGCCAUGGAGUCCUGGGACGGAUCUGGCAUCGACGCCGGCUACGGAAGCCAAGGAACCUACAUCCACCAGGCAGCAGGCAUCGCCCUGCAUCCCCAUGAGUGGAGGAGUGCUAAGCAGAGGAACAGCCCCCCACCCCCGGGCCGCCGCAGUAAGAACUACCCUUUCAGUGACGGGGGCUUCAGUGAAGACGACUGGGACAAACCGUCAGGAUACACCAGCCAGCCUCAUAGUGACGGCAUCAUGCUAGACCACGAGGACAGUUUCUGGUGUCAGGCCCUGGAAGACUUGGAGACCUGUGGACAGUCUGAGCUGCUCAGAGAGAUAGAGGCAUCCAUCAUGACGGGCAGUGCCAUCAGUAUUGGGGUGGAUGGUAACAAGUCCCAUGCCAUCUCCCACCCUGGGGACCCCGUCAGCCAGCCCCGCGUCAGCCCUCUACGGAGGAGCUCCCUCCUGCACCACGAUGCCAAGACCCACCUGCACCAGGAGGUCCACCUCCACCAGGAGGCCCAUCUGCCCCCGGAGGCCCAACUCCUGCACCACGAAGCCAGGACCCAGCUGCAUCACGAGGCCAAGGCCAAGAACACACUCCGGGUGUCUGAGAAGACCUGGGAGUCCCGCAGAAUCAAGGAGGAGAUGCAGGAGAUCUUGUCCCCGACCCCUCUUGAGCUACACAAGGUGACGGUGAUGAAGGAUCCAGAGAGCGAUGACUUCGGCUUCAGCGUCUCCGACGGGUUCCUAGAGAAAGGUGUUUAUGUCAACAUGAUCCGUCCCGAGGGCCCGGCUGACCGUGCAGGCUUGAAACCAUAUGACAGGAUCCUACAGGUGAACCACGUGCGUACCAGAGACUUUGACUGCUGCCUGGCUGUCCCCCUGAUCACCGAGGCUGGGGACAAGCUGGAGCUGGUGAUCAGCAGGAACCCUCUGGCCCAGCAACUGCACCAUGAACCGGACUGUCUGGACCAGGACCAAGGCCUUCUCAUCUCUGCACUGCAGUCCAACAGUAGGGAGCACCACCACUAUACCACUACAACCCGAGCCAUGGACCUGUGAUUUGCAGACACGCAGUACAGACACACGGAACCACAGACCAGGACUAAGGACUACUGAUUUCUGCACUGCAGUCCAACAGCAGAGACCACCACUACAACCCGAGCCAUGGAUUCUGUGAUCACAGACACAGACUACAGUCACACCAAGCCACAGACCACGACCAUGGAACUGUAUCUGAAUUUACAACCGCACACAAAACCAUGUGUUUACAGACACACCAAUGACCUGUGACUUUACCGCCUACAGACACACCAAUGACCUGUGACUUUACCGUCUGCAGACACACCAAUGACCUGUGACUUUACAGCCUACAGACACACCAAUGACCUGUGACUUUACAGCCUACAGACACACCAAUGACCUGUGACUUUACAGCCUACAGACACACCAAUGACCUGUGACUUUACAGCCUACAGACACACCAAUGACCUGUGACUUUACAGCAUACAGACACACCAAUGACCUGUGACUUUACAGCCUACAGACACACCAAUGACCUGUGACUUUACAGCAUACAGACACACCAAUGACCUGUGACUUUACAGCCUACAGACACACCAAUGACCUGUGACUUUACAGCCUACAGACACACCAAUGACCUGUGACUUUACAGCCUACAGACACACCAAUGACCUGUGACUUUACAGCCUACAGACACACCAAUGACCUGUGACUUUACAGCCUACAGACACACCAAUGACCUGUGACUACAGACCUGUACCUACAGACCUGUAACUACAGACCUGUAACUACAGACCCGUAACUACAGACCUAUAACUACAGACCGGUAAUUACAGACCUGUAACUGCAGACCGGUAACUACAUACCUAUAACUACAGACCGAUAAUUACAGACCUAUAACUACAGACCUGUAACUACAGACCAGUAACUACAGACCGGUAUUUACAGACCGGUAUUUACAGACCGGUAAUUACAGACCGGUAAUUACAGACCUAUAACUACAGACCUAUAACUACAGACCUGUAACUACAGACCGGUAACUACAGACCUGUAACUACAGACCUAUAACUACAGACCGGUAACUACAGACCUAUAACUACAGACCGGUAAUUACAGACCUGUAACUACAGACCGGUAACUACAGACCUAUAACUACAGACCGGUAAUUACAUACCUAUAACUACAGACCUGUAACUACAGACCUGUAACUACAGACCGGUAUUUACAGACCUAUAACUACAGACGUAUAACUACAGACCUGUAACUACAGACCGGUAACUACAGACCUAUAACUACAGACCUAUAACUACAGACCUAUAACUACAGACCGGUAAUUACAGACCUGUAACUACAGACCUAUAACUACAGACACAUAACUACAGACCUGUAACUACAGACCGGUAACUACAGACCGGUAACUACAGACCGGUAACUACAGACAUAUAACUAUAGACACACAGAGACAGAACAACAGACCAGCAUCACAGACCUGUAAUUACAAACACACUGAACCACAGACCAGCAUCACAGACCUGUAAUUACAAACACACUGAACCACAGACCAGCAUCACAUACCUGUAAUUACAAACACACUGAACCACAGACCAGCAUCACAGACCUGUAAUUACAAACACACUGAACCACAGACCAGCAUCACAUACCUGUAAUUACAAACACACUGAACCACAGACCAGCAUCACAGACCUGUAAUUACAAACACACUGAACCACAGACCAGCAUCACAGACCUGUAAUUACAAACACACUGAACCACAGACCAGCAUCACAGACCUGUAAUUACAAACACACUGAACCACAGACCAGCAUCACAGACCUGUAAUUACAAACACACUGAACCACAGACCAGCAUCACAGGCCUGUAAUUACAAACACACUGAACCACAGACCAGCAUCACAGACCUGUAAUUACAAACACACUGAACCACAGACCAGCAUCACAGACCUGUAAUUACAAACACACUGAACCACAGACCAGCAUCACAGACCUGUAAUUACAAACACACUGAACCACAGACCAGCAUCACAGACCUGUAAUUACAAACACACUGAACCACAGACCAGCAUCACAGACCUGUAAUUACAAACACACUGAACCACAGACCAGCAUCACAGACCUGUAAUUACAAACACACUGAACCACAGACCAGCAUCACAGACCUGUAAUUACAAACACACUGAACCACAGACCAGCAUCACAGACCUGUAAUUACAAACACACUGAACCACAGACCAGCAUCACAGACCUGUAAUUACAAACACACUGAACCACAGACCAGCAUCACAGACCUGUAAUUACAAACACACUGAACCACAGACCAGCAUCACAGACCUGUAAUUACAAACACACUGAACCACAGACCAGCAUCACAGACCUGUAAUUACAAACACACUGAACCACAGACCAGCAUCACAGACCUGUAAUUACAAACACACUGAACCACAGACCAGCAUCACAGACCUGUAAUUACAAACACACUGAACCACAGACCAGCAUCACAGACCUGUAAUUACAAACACACUGAACCACAGACCAGCAUCACAGACCUGUAAUUACAAACACACUGAACCACAGACCAGCAUCACAGACCUGUAAUUACAAACACACUGAACCACAGACCAGCAUCACAGACCUGUAAUUACAAACACACUGAACCACAGACCAGCAUCACAGACCUGUAAUUACAAACACACUGAACCACAGACCAGCAUCACAGACCUGUAAUUACAAACACACUGAACCACAGACCAGCAUCACAGACCUGUAAUUACAAACACACUGAACCACAGACCAGCAUCACAGACCUGUAAUUACAAACACACUGAACCACAGACCAGCAUCACAGACCUGUAAUUACAAACACACUGAACCACAGACCAGCAUCACAGACCUGU